GAGAGGGUGCAUCUGAAGUUUGCUGAUAUAAAUACAAAGAAGAUAAAGUGAGAGAGAGUUGCAGAAAACAGUACUUACUAGAGAAAAGAAGAGAAUCAUGAUGAUAAAAAGGAUAGAGAUGUGUAUAGAGCUUAUGAGGAUAGGUGUGGAGUUUGUCGUAGUGGUGGCUGAAACCAUCCAGAUUGCCUGGCGGCAACACCUCAACCACCGUACUCCUCUGCCUCAUCCACCUCUCCUCCGCCAGGGAAAUGCCCCUUUUUACCCUUCUCAAUUCAUCUUUGGAUUUCUCCCUUGAAAAUCUAUUUUUGUACUUUUUAUGAAAUCAUUUACCUUCAUUCUCCCACCUUUUGUCGUGGUUAACUCUUCGAUGUAGUUUUUGUUGAUUCUUGUAACUCUUUAAUUAUUUUGUUCAAUAAGAUUUGCACUUCUCUCGAGUUA